GCGGCCUGCAAAGCACAAAGCGCAGACAUCCCCUGCUCCCCCUGACGCCGCUGAGUUCCUGCUUCCAAGUUGCAGUUGCAGGCUUGUAGCUCAAAAUUUAUUGCUCCCUUCUUCUCAAGCGCACGCCAGCUCGGUCACCUCAUGUCCUAACCCCAUCCGGCCAUACAUUAGCAGGCAGCAGCCGAGCCCUGGCGGUUUCGUCUUCGUCUCUGCUCUCCCAACCUCCCCUAGGACACAGGUCACAUCGAUCUCCUCUGUCUCUCCGGCGCACAAGAGCAAAUUAUCCCUCCGGAGUAAUCCGCGGUGCAGUUCGGUUAAUUGCGCAAGAAACCGCUGCCGGCCAUGGACGGCGUGGAGCUGGAGGGGAGGCCGAGGCAGCCACUGAUGCUCAAGGAGUGGCUGGAGCUGGAGUCAAGCGCGGAGCUCUCCCGCGACGGCUUCGGCUGCUACCCGCGCCACCUCGCCGCCGAGCUCCGGAGCGCCAACGGCAGGCGGAGGAACGGGGACGUUGUCGCCAGGUUCUCGGCCGCGGUGAGGGCCGCGCUGUCCCGCCCGCCGGCGGGACGCGAGGGGGAGGCGGCCGCGCUGUCCAGGAGCCUCUCGAGGAGGCUGCGAGCUGGGUUCUGGAGGAAGCGGAGGGGGGAGGCCGAGGAGACGGACAGGCCGGUGGCCAGCUGCUCCGCCGCGAGUAGCACGAGGAGGGAUGCACCGUCGAGGUCGCCGGCAAUGUCUCCUCGUCGCACGAGCUGGGAGGGACGGCAGGCCGGUGGCGACAGCGCAGGUCUCAGCGGCGGCCGUCGGAGCUAUGAAACAGAGGUUGAGGGAUGCGAGUGCGAAACAACGUGUCACUUGGACGAGGAACGGGAGCAGGAGCAGCGGCUGAGCCCAGUUUCGGUGAUGGACUUCCCCAGCCAGGACAGAGACGACGGCAACGACGACGACUGCAACGACCACGGCGGCGGCAACGGCCAGAGUGAGGACGACGGUGCCUCACCGACGUUUGAGCAAAGCCUAGCCAACAUCCGAAGAGCAAGCCAGCAGCUGCUUCAGAGAAUCCGGCGAUUCGAGCAGCUGGCGGAGAUCGACGCAUCCGACGUGGACGACGCCACGACGACCGCGGAGGACACAGCAAGCUGCCACGUCGAGGAGCUGGACAACUUAACCGAAGACGGCGAAGGCGUCCACGCGCAGGACCCGCUGCUGAGCCUCCCCGAAGCAGGCUCGCCGUGUGCCGCCCCCCACUGCUUCAAGAAGCUCCUCCAAGAUUUCUUCGGCGAGGGCCUGUCGUCGUGCCAGAAAGACGGGAGAUCGGAUGAUCCAGAGGUAGAGAGGUCGUUGCUGGAGACCGCCAGUGCGUGGCUGGACGGGCGGCACCGCGCGCUGAGACCGGACGGGAAGGCGGAGGUGGAGGAGAUCGAGCGGCUCGGGCGGUGGAGGUGGUUCAGAGAGGACGAGCGAGAGCUGCUGGGCUCUGACGUGGAGGGCGGCAUAUUCUGGUCCUUGAUGGAAGAGUUGGUUGACGAUUUGUGCUGAGCAAUGCUACAAUAUGAACUGUACCUGGAUAUAGGAAUAGCCGAAUAGGAUGGUGUGUAUGGGGUGUUUGGUUCUUUAGCACCUCCUAAAAUUUAUGUCACAUCGAAUAUUCGGAUGUUAA